UAAAUUUGUCAUUUCACCUGCCGAGUCCUUUUAAACUACGAAAUCCCAAAGCGCUCUCACUCAAUUUCUCUCUCCCCACCGGCGAUUGCAGAGCUGAUGCUUGUUCUUGGCGUGCCUAAGGCUUCCAUUUUUUAGGAAAUUGGCAGCGGUCGCGCAGAGGCGCAUUAUUUUGCUCGAAUAGGGACAAAAGACGGGCGCUUAAUUUGAUUGGUAGGUCAUUCCGCGGCCACGAGCUCCGACAGCGGCGUGGUGGUGUUUUUAAGUUUAAUAAUUUUAUUAGUUUCCGACAUGAGUCAAAACGACGUAGAGAUGGAGGAUGUUGAAAAGCACCCGCAUGAAAUUAAAAUUGAAGAAUCUGAAAACAAAGGUAUGGAUCAUAACAGUGAAGAUGUGGGGGAAGGAAAAAAUCCCCCCUUUCCGGCCACAGUUAAAAUGGAGAAUAAUAGAGAGGAUAUAAGUGAAUCUAUAAAUGGGGACAAAGACAGCAUUGAGGCGAAAGAGCAAACUAAUCCUGAGAAUGAGGGAAAUGAAACAAUUGAAGGAUCGAUUCAGGAGCACACAGAUAAAAAUGAUGACAAUGAAAUGCUAAUCAGCAACAAAAGUGAGGAACAAGAGGGGCCUGCGAAAGAGCAAACUAAUCCUAAGAGUGAGGGAAAUGAAACAAUUGAAGGCUCGAUCCAGGAAAACUUGGAUAAAAAUGAUGAGAAUGAAAUGCCAAUCAGUACUAAAACUGAGGAACAAGAGGGACCUGCGUGCAGGAGUGUAGACGAGGGGCGGAUGGAUAAAAAAGAUGAAGAGUGUCAACAGAACAUUACCUGUGAUGGAGAGGAAGAGAAGUCUGCCGAGAAUUGCUUGGGUGGUGGAGACCAUUUGAAACUUAUGGAGGAAAAAUCUAUCGAAGGUGUUGUAGAUGAAGAGCCCAAAGAACAUGCCGAGGGGGAUGCGAAUGAUGUUGAGAAUGUUAGAGGAGAUAACCAAUCUAAUUCUGAGAGGGAUGCUGAUGGUGCUGGCAACGUUGCAGGAGAUAACCAGACCAAUUCACCGAGGGAUGCAGAUUAUGUUGAAAAGGUUGCAGAAAAUAACAAGAUGAUCUCAAAGGGGAUUGGGGGUCAUGUUGAAGCAAUUACAGGAGAUAAUAAGAAUAGUCCUAAGGAGGGUGAUGAUGCCGGAGGUAACAUAACGAAUUUUGAGGGGCAUGCAGAGGAUGCUGAAAAUAUGGAAGAAGACGACAAGGUGAUUUCCAAGGGAGAUGCGGAUUGUGCUGAAAAUGCUGCAGGAGAUGAAAAGACAAUUUCUGAGGCUGGUGCAGAUGUUGAAAAUGCUGGAGAUAACCGGACAGUUUCUGAGGGGUGUGAAGAUAUUGAAAGUGUUGAAGGAGAAAAAAUGGAAAUAAAAAGGGAGGAUUCUGAGGACGAUCCUAGUGAACACAAGCAGCUUCCAACAGAAUUAUCUACUAACAAAGCUCCUCAAAUACAGGAUGCUGAGAUGGGUGAGGUUGACGGGACGAACAAUUCUACCAAUCUUGAUGGGGAUAAAACAGUUAUGGAUGCUAGUAAAGAACAGGAUGGUGAAACAGUUCAUGCUGAUCCUGAAAGUGAUGAGAAUGCCAAGACUACUGAAACCUCCAGUAAGCAUGAUGACGAUCCUUCAUUUGCAAACGAGCAAGAACCAUCUACGCCAAAUUCUCUUAUUAGAGAUUCUUCGGCACUGGCUGAAGAUCAUAGUGGAGGAGGAUUCAAGAGUACUUUUUCUCCCACAACACUUCCUCUGUUGGGGGAGAAAGAUGAUGGGACACCAGAGGAACAAGUAGCUUUCAUGAAGGAGAUUGAAAAUUUCUACAGGCAGAGGGCACUCGACUUCAAACCACCUAAAUUUUACGGGCAUCCCCUGAAUUGCCUGAAGUUGUGGAGAGCAGUUAUUAGAUUGGGAGGCUAUGACAGGGUAACUGCAUCCAAGUUGUGGAGGCAAGUGGGAGAGUCGUUCCACCCACCAAAGACUUGUACAACAGUUUCUUGGACAUUUCGGAUUUUCUAUGAAAAGUCUCUUCUAGAAUAUGAGAGGCAUAAGAUACUCAGUGGUGAUCUCCAACUCUCAGCGGCAACAUUACCUGAAGCUUCUGGUGGUGAUGUAGAGGGAAAUGGCUGUCAAGCAUUAGGAAGGGUCAGAAGAGAUGCAGCUACUCGCGCUAUUCAAGGUUGGCAUGCGCAACGCCAUUCUGAGUAUGGUGAGGUUGGUGAACCAAUUGUAAAGGAUAAGAAUCUCAAUAAUGUCCCAAAGCGUGAGAAGAAUCUCAAAAGCAUUGGCUCAGCCAAACAGAAGAGACCAAGUGAAGCAGAGAAUUCAAAUAAAGCUGCUCGAACAGAAACAUCUAGGCAGCUGGUGACGUCAGUUGUUGAUGUUGGGCCCCCAGCAGACUGGGUGAGGAUUAAUGUACGACAAGCUAAAGACUGUUUCGAGAUUUAUGCCCUUGUACCAGGUCUAUUACGUGAGGAGCGCAGGUUCGAGUUCAAACAGAUCCUGCCGGACGUGUGGUCAUUACAGGCCAGCCCGAGAAAACUGAUAAUCCCUGGGGGGUUACACCGUUCAAAAAGGUGGUGAGCCUUCCAUCAAGAAUCGACCCACUUCAGACUUCGGCUGUGGUAAGCCUGCAUGGUCGUCUCUUCAUCCGCGUCCCUUUUGAGGAUCCAAAUGUCUAAAGCUUAAAAAGUGCUAUAAUCCAUACACAAGGAAUCCAAGUCAGAGGUGAAUCGCCUGCCCUAAUUAAUUUCAUGUAAGCUUCGACUAAUAUAAUUUGCUUUUGUGUUUCGAAGGAUUACUUAGGUUGUUGUUGCUUUAGGUUUAAUUGUUGGUUUAGAUCACAUUACUACUGUCAUAUUGGAGAGGAAAUCGAGUAUUUGGAGGCAUUUUCGGCUUUAGUCGCCCGCCCUUAGCUUAGCUCUCCUCUCCUCUGUAAGAUUAAAAUGGAACUUUAUCACUAAUUGACAAAUUUGGGACUUUUUGUUUCUACCAUGACUUAUGAACUUGAUUAGGAAAAUUACAUUUUGCAUCUUCAUGCUCGUGCAUAAUCAAUCCUAGACUUGAUUUCGACUAUUCCUAAGUUAAUACAAAUAUAUUGUCGAAUAAGAUCUGCUUGAUUAAGUUUGUUGAACUUUCGAAAAGAUAUUUGUGCGGUCGAAUGAUUCUUGCGUAGACUGAAUUGUUUGUCUGAUUUACGGAUCCGGCAUGCGCUACAUAGAAGAAAUUAGAAUUUGAUGUAUGUUGAUGUAUCGUUAAAAGGUUGUAAUCUGAUUGUUGAGCUUUUCUUUGUU